GUACACUUCUCAACGUUCGGUCUAGGUAUAUUAUGUCUGUGGUCUUCUUUCUUACAUCGAUCGUUCAGAGGUUUGGUCGUAUUCUCGUUUGUUAUCCAGCAAAAUGACGUCCAAGGUUUCCCGCGAUACCUUGUACGAGUGUGUAAAUGCGGUAAUUCAACAUUCUCAAGACAAGAAAAAGAAGUUUUUAGAGACGGUGGAACUUCAGAUCGGAUUGAAAAACUAUGAUCCACAGAAGGACAAGCGUUUUUCUGGCACUGUAAAGUUGAAGAAUAUUCCUAGGCCCAAGAUGCAGGUUUGUGUUCUUGGCGAUCAACAACAUUGCGACGAAGCUAAAGCCAAUAAUAUUCCAUAUAUGGAUGCAGAGGCACUAAAAAAACUGAAUAAAAAUAAAAAACUUGUAAAGAAACUCGCAAAGAAAUACGACGCGUUUCUGGCCAGCGAGUCAUUGAUCAAACAGAUUCCCCGUCUGCUCGGUCCUGGUUUAAACAAGGCUGGUAAAUUCCCUGGACUAUUGUCACAUCAAGAAUCGAUGGUAGGCAAGAUCGACGAAGUUAAGGCUACCAUCAAAUUUCAAAUGAAAAAAGUAUUGUGUCUAUCAGUGGCAGUCGGACACGUUGAGAUGACGCCCGAUGAAUUGGUGCAGAAUGUGCACCUCUCAAUAAAUUUCCUUGUUUCUUUGCUGAAGAAACACUGGCAAAACGUGCGUUCGCUGCACAUAAAAUCAUCUAUGGGACCACCACAGCGACUGUACUAAGUUAUAUACAGAACGUAUACAAGUGUACAUUCGUUGCAAUAAAAAUGGGAAAACCGUGAACUUGAGGAA